CGCGAUUGGCACCGUCAUAUCGGCUCGCUUCUCGGUUGUAUGAAAAUCGGAAGAAGACGUCGAUUUGCUCAGAGACUCGGAACAGGGAGCGGAGGCGCACACACGUCUCUGAUUUAAACACCUUUGAGACGUGCAGGCAGGGUCUUUCCGAGCCUCGACGUUCAGAGUUACAUUGUGAACACGCGCAUAUUCACCAUCGCCAUCACCAUCAUGUCCAACUACACACACGCUACUCGUUCGCUCGGAGCAACUGGCCCGUUCGCCAGCAACAUCGUCUCCACUGAUUCUAGGAACCCAGGAUUCGCAGCGUCUCGUACCACAUUUCCGGGCGAUACCCAGCCGGUCUCAGACGGGCGUCACCACCACCACACGAACGUUCGAAAAGAUACUGCUGGUCCUUUCACCUCGUCGCACUUGGACGCCGUCCGCCCGCCCUCACGCAAACGCCAUGUGUCGCACUUCGAACGUCCGAAGUUAGCGCUUGCCGUCACCGCUCCCGGCGGCAUGAGCUCAGGACCGACGCAGAUGAUCAUCCUCGACGGACCGAGCGGCGGGGAUAGGAGUACCAACCCCGUGGUUCUCGAGGAAAUGCGGAUGACGUACGAGCAGGAAGAGGGGCACGUCAUUGGCACCGUUCGCGUCGGAGGCAUCGUGCAGGAGAAGCGGGUCAUCGUCCGCUUCACGUUCGACGACUGGACGACAACCAGCGAGGUGGCUUGCAGCCACAUCUCUACCGCCACCACCGAGUUGGGCGUCGUCGAGCAUUACGCCUUCCGUAUCCGGAUCCCCGAGCGUAACCUGGAGUCUAGGGUGCUCGUCUUGGCGGUCUUGUGUACAGCCGGCGGGACGGAGAUCUGGGACAACAACAGUGGGAAGAAUUAUAGGGCCAGAUUUCAGGCCGCUACUCCACUUCAGACGCGUCGAGACCGGAGGAACAGCGAGAGCGCGAACAUCAGUUCCACGCUCCGACUUAACACCCUCGCGCUCCCCGAUUUCAGGGCGGCCGGCCCCGAGGUGGAUUCCCCAUCACCAACCGAGAACGACAAGGAAGAUAACUUCGACUUCAGGAGCGACGUACCCCUAUCCAAACGCUACAAUUUCGGAAUGUCGAGCCGAGCGACCUGGCGUCCCACCAGCCCAUCCCUGUCACCGUCGCCGUCAUCCCCGACCUUAUCCAGCCCCACCUCUCCAAACGAUCACUACACCUUCUCAUCGCGUACCAGAAGCCUCGACGGCAUGCCCCGGCCCAUGAUACGUCGCUCCGCGACAUCGUACAGAGGUUGGCAAGGGAUAGGGUUCUCCCAGCUCGCGUUGGGCUCCCCUCGCGAAGUGGACGAAGAUGCUUAUCGUACAGCAGGCUUGGUUCCGCUGGAGGACGACGACGUGCCUUUUGCCAGGCCGGCCCCGAAACAGCGCAGCAAAACCUCGGACCGCGGAUACUUUGAUUUGAAGCGCACAGUAUCGCAGUUUGUGGACGUCAAUCGUCGUCAUGAUGCAGGGGGAGAUAUGAAUGUGUAG